AUGGCAAAGUACGACCUGAACAACCGCGUGGCGAUCGUCACCGGCUCCAGCUCGGGCAUCGGCGCCGAGAUUGCCCUCAAGCUGGCCGCCAAUGGCGCCCUGGUGGUCAUCACCGGACGCAACGGCGACGCCCUGGCGCUGGUCGCCGAGCGCAUCAAGGCCGCUGCGCCGGGCGGUGCUGAGCCGCUGCAGGUGGUGGGCAGCCUGCUGGAUGACGCCUUUCCAGGGCAGCUGGUGCAGGCGGCCGUCGCCCGUUUUGGCGGCAUUGACAUUCUGGUGAACAAUGCCGGCGCGGCGACGCCCUACGGCGGCUUCGACCAGGCGAACAUGCUGACGGAGUACGACCAGGUGAUGCGCCUCAAUGUGCGCUCGGUGGUGGAGAUGACGCAGCUGGCCUUGCCCUACCUUGCCAAGAGCACCUUUGGCGGCAAUGUCCUCAACAUCUCUUCCAUCGCCGGCAUAAAGGCG